ACUGCACCGCAACUACCUUACGCGUUAUGUCUAUCAUAGUCGAUGGCGGCGAUUCUGUCGCUUUCGCACAGCAACUCAUCGAGAACCAUCUUCGUGGAUUAACUGAUGAAGUCUCACGAUUGAUCACGGGAAAGAAUACAGAGUAUCAUCGACGAAUUACGGAAUUACAAGCCGAUUUAGACGUCUAUAAAAGAUGCUACAUUGAUUCUAAAACAGUGGAACAAAAUGCCAAAGGAGAAUUGAACACUCUCGCGCUCCAGUGGGAAUCAGAGAAGAAGGUGCUGGAAGCCCAAAUUAUCGAGUUGAAGGGGUCAGCCCGUCGCGUCAUCUGUUUGAUAGACGGCGACGGCACGAUCUUCGCCCAGGAGUUCCUCGCUGAGGGGCACGCCGGUGGCAUAAACGCCGCGAAGAAGUUGAUGAAAGACGUUCGCGAGUACCUUGCCCCCGAUAACGACGUGGACGUUUGGGCAUACAUUUUCUACAACCACUCGGGCUUAGCCUACGCGCUCGCGCGCGGCGGUUAUGCGGAGAGAUCCUUGUUCGACGAUUUCGUGACGGGCUUUAAUCGAGCAGACGAACGUUUUCUGAUGAUUGAUGUUGGAGGCGGCAAGGAGCUAGCGGACGCACGGUUGCGAGUUUAUUUGAACGACCACAUUAAAUCCCCCCAGACAAAGACGAUCUUCUUCGGAGGUUGUCAUGAUAAUGGGUACUACUCCACCCUUAGCUCGCUCAUCACCCAAGGUUACGGCGAGAGGAUCGUUCUGCUCCCAGGUUAUACGGAAAUCGCUGCGGAAAUUAAGAAACUCCCACUUCGCUCGCUCAAGACCGAGAACCUUUUCAUGGCCGAGAAGAUCCCCGACGCCAAUGCGCCACGGCCUCACAUUUCGCCAUCGAACUCGCCGCCGGCGGUUGCCUCGCCACUGUCUCUUCGCAAAACGUCCGCAUCGAGUCCGCGUGCACCCCCGGGCCUCUCCAAUGUGGUCACGCCGAUGGGCUCUACCUCUGCCAUCCCCUUCACCUACAAGGCCGUGGCGGCACGUUCCGAGAACGUAACGGGAUCGCCCCCGACGGGAGAUGCUCACAGCAAUAGCGACGAAUCCGAAGACGGCUUCACGGUCGCCCACACGUGGCGCCGCCCUGCGAUUAAGGCCCAGAAGCCCCGCCGGAUCGAUCCUAACGUUCCACUCUGGAAGCACACCCCACCUCCGUGCACCAUGUUCUAUUUGAUUGAAUGCAAGCUGGGAGGAUCAUGCAAGUACGGCCAUGACUACCAACUGACAUCCGAUGACAUGGAUCUGCUCCGGACUGCUGCGCGAUCCAAUCCCUGCAUGUCUAUCAAUAGUGGGGCAGCAUGCCCUCACGGCGAUGCGUGCAUCUAUGGUCACAAAUGCCCUCAGGGCAGACACUGCCAAUACAAGCAGCAGGGAAACUGUAAAUUCACCGGUAAAAACAUGCAUUCGGAAGCCUGA